AUGCAGGCUUCCCUCAACUCUUCGCCGAACGCAUCCACUGGCACAACACCUCACAGGCUCAUGUACGGCAUUGAUCUUCGAAUGCCAUGGAACUUAUUACGCCAGGCCUUCGUUGGUCACCCAGCUUCUGAGCGACAAGACGCUGACGAAUGCGCAAAAUACGCCGCAAUGAUCAUGAAGAAGGACUAUGAUAACCGUCAUAAACCAAUCUUUUUCUCCAAAGGCGACAUAGUCUACCUUAAACUGGCUACAGGAACGGAUAGUGGAUACGUCCUCCCUAGUCGCGCCGUCACAAAAAAGAUGACUCAACGCUACGUUAAGUGCAAAGUCCUCGAAAGAAUCGGGCGCCUCGCAUACAAGCUCCAAUUCCCGAAGGAGCUCUCAAAAUGUCACCCGGUCGUCUCCAUCUAA